AGAAGUCCGCUUCCGACGUCCGCAGAAGGGAAGGGUUUCGUAGCUGUAGACCCAACCAACUGGAGGCCAGGCCCGGGUCUUACAGAGCAGUGACACGCUGAGGAACGUGGAUCCACUCCCAGCGUAGUGCAGGUCAAGGGCAGCUUUGCCUGUGUAUCCUAAACACUGCUCUUCUGCCAGUCUUAGCCUUCGUUAUGGAGUCUAUAGCUUUAUAGAAAUCUCACCCGAAACGAACCUUACGGGCUUUCUUUCCUAGUCCUCUCUAAUGCAAACUGCCAUCAAGGAGAUUUUGUCAUAUGGACUCCUGCCGGGUUACUUUCCUACUAAAACUCUCUGUAUCUCUCAUGACGCCUGGGUCACCUCCAGACUUAGGUAUAUAAGACUUUUUUAAGCCAGCCUCGUAUAGUGAACGAUGUCCUUGAAUACGUGAGCUCCUGCCUCUUUCCCAGAUGCUUGAAUUAUAGGCUUGCAACAGCGUUCCCAGCUUCUGCAAGUUUUUAAUUACCAGGCACUAUUUCUGAACACGUGAGCUAAAUAAAACAGGGAUGAAGAAGAAGUCUGGUCUUGUGGAGUGUAUGCACAUGCAGACAGCAUCUGGUCCUGAGCAGCAUGGCUGUGCCUGGUGUCAGACUGCUCACAGGUGCUCUAAGGAAGCCAGAUGCCUGGACCAGACUCUGGGGUGUGAUUCAGGGGACAUCAUCACACAAACUUUGUGCUUCCCGGAACCGAUACUUGUAUUUUUCCAGUACCAAGUUAAACACAUCAAAUUAUAAAACACUUUUCCGCAACAUCUUCUCUCUGCGACUCCCAGAGCUUUUAGUAUCUCCAGAAUGUUAUUUUCCAUUUUCUAUACGACUCAAAAGCAAUAUAAACUCCAAAAAGUCUACGAAAAAGACCCUGCAAAAAGAGGCAGACGAAGAGGACUCCGACGAGGAGAGCAGUUACCCCGAGAGGAGCGAGCAGGAGGAGGAGCUUGAGAGUGAGCCUGGUGUGGUGAAGGACUACAAAGACCUAGAAAAGGUGGUGCAGUCUUUCCGGUACGACGUCAUCCUGAAGACGGGCCUUGACGUGGGGAGAAACAAAGUAGAAGAUGCAUUCUACAAAGGUGAACUCAGACUGAAUGGGGAGAAGUUGUGGAAGAAAAGCAGAACGGUGAAGGUGGGAGAUACCUUGGAUCUCAUCACUGGAGAGAACAAAGAGACAGGAACAGAGGUGGUGAUGCGAAUCCUCCUGAAAAAGGUCUAUGAAGAGAAGACUGAGAACGACAAGCACCGGGUGGUGUUGCGCCGAUGGAAGAGCUUAAAGCUGCCUAAAAAGACUUUGUCCAAAUAAACAUCACCUCUCCCACAGGCUGCCUCCUAAUUGUCAGGGGGUGGAGGAGCAUAAAAAGAGGACGGUUUUACUAAAAUAAAAGUUCUCCUGUCA